AUGAGCAGAAUCGCGGCGCAACGGCUCGUUCCGACGGAAUCUUCCGCCGCGGUGCGCGCGCAGCUGGUGGUUGCGCUGACCGGGCUAGUCUGGGGGAAGCGGGACAUGCUAAUCGCGCGCGCGGGGUUACUCACUCCGGACGCGUUCCGCUCGUCGAUCUAUCCGCUUGCGUACGCCGCGCGGGCGUUUGCGACGGGGCUAGUUGAUGACCUGAGAAUGAUGUUGAAUCCUAGGGAAGAAGGCGCGAGGCGGAGACGAAGCAGCGCCGUUUCCGUGGGUGCUGCCGGUGAGGCUGGCGAUGGGUUGGGUGGAUUCGGGGAUGAUUUGCUAGGCCUGGGGGAUUUCGGCGGUGUUGGCGGGGGGAGAGGAGGAGAGGGCGAGAGUAGUGGGCUGGGCGGGAUUGGCGGGCUCACUCUGGGAGAUUCUGCAGCCGAUAGUGGCUCUGGCAAAGAAAAAGCGGACGGAAAGAAAAAGGGCAAAGACAAGAAAGGAUCCUCAUCGUCAGCAGCAACAUCAGCCGGAGGAGGAUCAGGAAGAGACAGCAAGAGUGGAAAGGGCAAGGAGGAGGCCAGUAGCAGCAGCAGCAGCAGCAGCAGCAAGGUGGGAUCACGUCGCGCCUCCUCCUCCUCCACUGCAGUAGCCACUACAGUGUCGUCAGAAACAGCUGCAGCAGCCGCAGAGGAGCGGAAAGACCUAGUGAACACGGAACGCAUGCUCGGAGUCGCAGAUAUAGUCACGCACCUCUCACCGUACCUCGCCUCUCUAGACCCAUCCAUAGUCUUCGAAGUGGGCCUGCAGAUUCUCGCUCUCGCGGCCGUGCCUGGGGGGAAACCGGAGUGGGCGACUGGGCCUGUGACUGCGUUCCUCUCGUUGUGGGAUCGGCAGGAGUACUCAGCGGGACGAGAGGCGAUAGUUAAAGCCGUGGUGUCGAACCUCCCUCUCUUGGACAUACACACCCAGGCUGCGCUGUUCAAACGGCUGUUGCUGAUGGUCCGAGGGUUGAGAGCCGAAGCGGAUCGUAUGGUUGCCCUAGCGAGCAUCUGCCGCGCGGCUCUUUGCGUGGAUUUGUUCUCGAAGGAAUCGGCGCGCAGGGGGCAGAGGCCAGUCACAGGAACGGACGUCUCUUCCCUCUUUGACGACUCGCAGAUUAAAGACGAGCUGGCGCUGCCAGUAGUGCCGAACGUUGAUAGUGGUCUGUUUAGGGAGGAGCUUUUGGCGUGUUUGGUAGAGAGUGCGUUUCAGCUGGCGAGUGGGAGCGGAGGCGGGGGAGUAGGCGGAGGGGCAGGCGGAGGAGCAGCAGGCGGGGGAGGGUUCGGCGCAGGGGGAGCGGGGGGCGCGGGCGGCAUGGGGAGCGGGUUAGCAGGAGGGUUCGGCGGGGGAGGUAUAGAAGGCUACGGCGCGGAGUCAGGAGCUGGGUUCUCCUUUGCUGCUGCCGCGGCAGGCAGAGGGGGGUCCCUAGCAGCAGUGGUAUCCGGGGAGGCUUCAUCUGGAGGGUGGGAGGCGUGGGGGCAGACGGCACUAGAGGUGGUGGAGGUGUGUAGGGCGUGCGUGCGGUGGCAGUGUGGCGGGCGGACGUAUGCUGUGGACUGUUACCUUCGGCUGCUGGUGCGGCUGUGCCAAGUGUAUAACACUGCGAGCGGGGUGAAGAGUGCCAAGGAUGGAGCUACUCCGGAGCAGAUUCGCGCGGAGCAGCGGCUGUACACGCUUCAGAGACAGCUACUGGAAGACGCAAAAGAGCUCUCCUCCUCCACCCUGCGAGUGCGGCUCCUGUGGGUUCUAGCGGAGCACAUGUCCUUCGCAGGCCCAGAGCCUCUCUUCCCAGACGACCCAAAAGACCCAGUCACCAUCCUCACCUCCCUCUUCCACCGCAUCCUCUUCUCCCCCGACGAUGCCACCGGAACCAUGCUCGCGGACGUGGUUGCUGGGGACGGGGGAGGCGGAGGAGGGGGAGGAGGGGGUGCGGCAGCGGUGGCGAUGAGUGGGAACCGGUUGCAGGAGGUGCAGGCGAUUCUGGUGUGCGCACUGCAUCUGGGCGCGAGGAGCUUCAGGGCGGCAGCGCUGGUGUGUCGGGAGGUGGAGGAGUUGCAGUCGGCGCCGGGGCUCGUGGAUAGUGCCACCCGCCACCGCUGCCGCAGCAUCCUGCAGUCUCUGGCUUAUGUUCACCACUUCCCCGACCGCACGUGGGCAGUGCGCAUGGGAGCAACGGGCGAGUACCCCUUCUCCCACCACCGCCUCUCAGUCCUCUACAACAGCGCAGCCGCAGCGCAGGACCGGAAGCUCGAGUCCCUCGUCAAAUCCGCCGUCUCGGACCUCUCAGCCCCGUCCGCCUCUCCCGACGAGCUGCUACAGCGGCAGCUGCAGCAGCAGCAGGAGGACCAAGGGUUAGACCCUGCGUUGAUCCCCGGUGGGGGCAUGGCUGGGAUUGCGGGUGCUUCGUCAGGGAUUGCGGUGGGGCGGCAGGUGUCGGCGCCAGUGGCGAUUAGUAUUACGGGGAGCAGUGACUUGGCGUAUGUUGAGGCGUUUCACCUGUCAGCCAUGAAUGAGAGGCGGGUUACUCUCAGUGUGAAGGUGCUAAAUAUGACAGAGGUGGUGCUGCCGCGGGUGGACGUGCACGUGGGGCUGCUGGGUGCUCUGAGAUUCAUGGAUGGGGUGCCUCGGGCCACUCGCAGGCUCAACCGCUUGCAGCCACAGCUCCACAUGCUCGUGCAGCUCGACCUAUUCUCUCUCCCACCGCUCUCCCACCGCUCUCCCCUCUCCACCACACCCCUUCCCUCACAAGAGCCAAUGUACUCAGAUGUGAAAGUCUCUGUGACCCGCUUCCAGCGCAACGCCUUGCAGCUCCACAUGCUCUUCUAUCUCUUCCCAUGCCUUCUCACUGCUCUCCCGCGGCUCUGCUCACUACGUCUCCCUCCCCUCACAGGAGCCGAUAUAUUCCGACGUGACAGUCUCUCGAGUGGGCCUGUGCGGCCGCCUGUGAGGCUGCGGUGUGUGCCGUACCGUGUGCCGCUUACUGACCUGCUCGUGCCAUACAGGUGCUCGCCAGUGGAGUUCUUCCGAGUGCUACCAAGCCUGCCAGCAGUGGGCGAGCACACAGGCGCCUACCUCUACGACUCAACGCACUCCUCGCUCGUCCUCUCCUCCGACGACGUCGGCAUCAGGAGGCUGCUCGCAGGGCUGCGCGCCAUUGACUCACGCCCUGUUUUCAAAGUCGCCUCGCAUCUCAUCCGCAGUCGUGCGGGCUUCCAGGUGUUCUAUGCGGCCAAGACAUGGUUCGGAGACACGCUGGCCAUAAUAGUGUUCGGCACGAGUGACAUUGCGAGCGACGGCGGCUUUGCAGCCGACUCCACCACCAUGUUCUGCCGCUUCGUGCUGCGCUCCUCAUCCCCACACGUCGUCAACGAGAUCCUAGCGGCCCCCCAGGAGUGGCUCGAUGACCUCACAGGUUGGUCGUCUGUGCUGCGCUCCUCCUCCCCCCACGUCGUCAACGAGAUCCUAGCGGCCCCGCAGGAGUGGCUGGAUGACCUCACAGUUGGGACGAGAGAGAAGUGGUUUUGGGGAUUUCCUCUGCUGUCCAGUGAAGGCUGGAUGACCACACAGUCCCACCAAACCAUCUCAUCCUUGCUCCCACUCUCCUUCCCCCCUCCCCCAAUUCCCUCCUUCCCCUCCUUCCCCUCCUGCCCCCUCUCGCACACACUCUCACCCCACGCCAUCCCGCCAUCCCCAGGCGGGGCCAUACGGGCAGUGAGUGAGGAGGAGCUAGCAGCGUUCACAGCCACAAAGAAGAAGCGCCACGACGAGUCCUUUGUCUUCCGCUGCUCUGCCAUGCUCCCCACAACCAAGAGCAUUCCCCUGCCAAUUUGGUCUUCUGUGCACUGCACCCAGAUUGCCUUAUCCUUGUUCCUCCCAUUUCCCUUUCUUCCCCUCCUUCCCCUCCUCCCGGCCCUCCCGUACACACACACAUUCUCACCCCUCGCCAUCCCGCCAUCCCCAGGCGGGGCCAUACGGGCAGUGAGUGAGGAGGAGCUAGCAGCGUUCACAGCCACAAAGAAGAAGCGCCACGACGAGUCUCUCGAGCUCCUCAGCUCCGCCGUGCGCCCCGCCUCCAAGAGCAUCCCCCUACCCGGCAUGUUUGAACCCGCGCCUGCCGAGGGAGAGGAGGCACCGGAAAUCCCGGUGAUUCCCGAGGAGGAGCAUGCGCUCCAGCUGGCGGUGCUGCAGGAGUGGAAUGCGCUGAGGGAGCAGCAGAAGCUGGUGAUUUCGUACCAUUCCGCGGUAGCAGCCAUGCCUCUUUCCGAAGACCCCCCUCCGCAGCCUACGCCAACAGCGGCCAAUGCGGCGGCUACUAAUUCGGAUCAUCCCCGUGCGUCUCACACUUCGAAUCGCGUCGCCGCCGCAAAACCCGGCGCCAAUCACUGCGGGGGCUCUUCCGGCAGCUCCAUGUCGACCGAGGCGCUCGCCGCCGCGACGGUGCGCGCCGUCGCGAAUAUUAAUAUCCAGGACUAUUCUCACAGCCCCAUCCACACGGCGAUCCUGCAGCGCGAUUACCACGCUUUAAGGCGCAUUCUCGCGUCGGUCCCGCGCCCGCCGAUUCCGGGGAGUAUCAAGACCGAGGAGCAGUCAUUGGCUGCGGAGGUCCAGGCUGACGUGGCGCAGCGCACGCUGGAUCGGCGCGACGUGCCGCACAAGGAGUCGCCGCUGUGCCUGGCGGUGCGGCUCGGGGAUAGGGCCGCCGUGGAGCUAUUGGUCCAGGCUGGCGCUGACGUCAGCCUCCAGAACGGAGGCGGCUGGACGGCCAUCCAGGAGGCGGUGUGCACGCGGGACGAGGUCAUAGCCACGGCCAUCCUGCGCCACAGUGGGGUGCAGGUGUGGGCGCGCUACAUGCGCCGCCUGCCCGCCCUCGCAGCCAUCCUCACGCGCAUGCGCGACUUUUACAUGGAGGUCACGUGGUCCUUCGAGUCCUCCGUCAUCCCCUUCGUCUCGAGGAUCGCUCCCAGCGACACCUACCGGAUUUGGAAGCGCGGGCCAAGGCUCAGAGCCGACAUGACUCUUGCAGGCUUUGAUGGAUUCAGGGUGAAGCGCAAGCCACAGAGCCUGAUCUUCAUGGGCGCUCCCAGCCCAGAUGGGAAGCUGAAAGCCGGCACCCUGCUGGUGCUGAAGCACGAGCGCAAGGAGGCGUUUGACGCUCUUGAAGCCGCGGGUUCGAUUCCCACCGACGCCGAAUUAAAAGCAGAGGUGCAGUCGCUGUUCAUGACGAACGUGUACAAGGCGGGGAUCGAUGUUUCGCAAGCGGAGCUCUCUCAGGUGUUGUCCUGGCGGGGGUUGCCUAAGGUGGAGACAGUUGCGGGGCACAGGGCAAUGCUUUAUGAGAUGCAGCACGUGCAUUUCAUGUUUCGAUCGAGACGGGUGCCUGGCGCGAUGACAGAUGAGGAGUUUUUAGGGGAAGGGGCUGGGAAGGUCAAGGGGAGGGGCGGAGCGGGGAAAGGGGGGAGUGGGAAGGAAGAGGAGGAUGGAGGAGGGAAGGGUGGUGGGAAAGGGGGUGGGAAAGGAGGGAAAGGGAAAGAGGAGGUGAAAGCGGGAGGGGAGAAGGCGAGUGGUGGGAAGGAGAAGGAGGGGAAGGAGGGGAAGGGUGGGGAUGCUGGGAAGGGAGCGGAGGAGGAGGAGGGCGAGGGAGGGGAGGGGGGAGAGGGGAUAGUGGAGGAGGAAGAGGAGGAUUAUAACGGUAUACUGACAGAGGAGGAAAGGGCUCAGCUGAAAGCUGCUUUGGCUCAGGUGGAAGGGAUGGGGGAGGAGGAGGACGAGGAGGGGGAGGAGGGGAGGCAGGAGGAGCGGGAGAAGCAGAUUGAGGGAGUGAAGGGCUCAAAGGCAGGUGGGAAGGGGAAGGAGAGGGGAGGGGCAAGUGAGGCAAGUGCAGGGAGGGAGGUGGAGGAGGAUGGGGGGGGGAGGAGAGGGUGGUUGGGGGGAAAAAAGGAUAAGGACAAGAAGAAAAAGGAGAAGGAGAAGGAUGAGGAAAAGGAUGGGAGUGCAGAGGGGUCUAAAAGGGGAGGCUGGUUUUCCAGGCGGAAAAACAAUGAAGGCGGAGGGGGGGGAGGGGGAGGAGGAGGGGGAGGGGGGGGAGGGGGGAUGGGAGGCGAGGAGAGGGAGGUGGAGAGUGACAGUGAGUUGCAAGAAGAGUCCAAAGAGAGCAAGCGGCAGCUGGAAAGAAAACUCUCACGAAGCUUCUCAGACCGCGAGAGAGACAGCAGGGACGAGGAGGGGGGUGCGGGGAAAGGCAGCAAACGAGAGAAGGGCGAGGGGAGAAGCACGGGGAGGAGCGGCCAGGGCGGGGGAGGGGGGGAGGGAGGGGUAGAGGGGGAGGAAUACGCGGAGAAGGAAGGGGAGAGUGAGUAUCGGCGGGGGCUGAAGCCUGUGCUGUGGAUGACGAGGGAUUUUCCUCUGGAUAUGAAGGAGCUACUGCCGCUGCUAGAUCUUCUCUCAAACCGAGUGAAGGCGGUGCAGCGGUUGAAAGAGCUACUUACGAUGAAGCUGCCCCCAGGGAUGGUCCCUGUGAAGGUGGCCAUACCAGUUGUUCCCACUGUCCGCGUGUCUGUCACCUUUUCCAAAUUCGAGGAGUUCAGAGCCGCUCCCGCCCCCCUGCCAGAAGCCUUUGCUCUUGCUCAGGAGGAUGCAGAGUGGGAUGGGGAGGGCGAGGAGGAUGAGGAGGAAGGGGAGGGGAAAGGGCGGAAUGGGAGAGGCGGGAAGGAGGGGGAUGGGGAGGAGGGUGGGGAGGAGGGAGACGAGUUUCACACUCCUACUGCUAGUCCGGAGAGGGAUGUGGGGGGUGGAUCAGGAGGAGGAGCAGGAGGAGGGGGAGGAGAGGGUGGGAGAAAAGGAGGGAAGAGGUCGUGGUUUGGAUGGGCUAGGAGGAAGGGUGGGGGAGAGGGGGGGAGCAGUGGCGGGGAGGGCACUGGGGAAAAAGGGGCUUCAUCAUCAGCAGGAGCAGGAGGAGGAGGAGGAGGAGGAGGAGGGGGGGCAGGAGAGAAAGAGGAUAAUUGGGCUGUUGAUCCUUUUGUCAUUCCAGAGGAGUACAAGUGGCAGCGCUGCAGCGGACUGGUGGUGUGUUGGUAG